GCCGUCAUGCAUGCGCGCGUCGUGUUGAAUGCGAGAUAAGCUUGACUUCUGUUCUUCCUCCCAAUGUUAUGAAAUAAUAUCUGAGUGCGGAGCUGCAGGUGAAGCUGACAUUGUGAGGCUCAGACGACAGACAGAUCAUCAUUUCAUGAGCUUCUCUGAGUUGUCUCCGUCAUGGAGGCGACCGGGAAAUAUGACUUCACCGCCACAGCGGAGGAUGAGCUGAGCUUCAGGAAGGGAGAUAUAAUCAAGAUUUUAGGCACCAAUGAUGACUGGUUCAAAGCAGAAAUAAACGGCAUGGAGGGAUUUGUUCCUCAGAAUUACAUCAACAUCCACUUCCCAAGCUGGUAUCAGGAGAACACCAGCCGUCAUUCAGCACAGGAAGAACUGAUGUGUCAACCAAUCGGAUCCUUCCUCAUCCGAGGCUCCCAGAGUUCACCGGGAGAAUUCUCCAUUUCAGUCAGACAUGAGAACGACGUGCAGCACUUUAAGGUGAUGAGAGACCGGCACGGUCAGUAUUACCUGUGGAGCGAGACCUUCAGCUCCCUCAACAGACUGGUGGAGUUCUACACACACAACUCCAUCUCCAAACAGAGCCGCGUCUACCUGCUCACAGAGCAGCGGAAUCCACCUGAUUUCCCGCACAGGAAGUCUGCUGAGCCGCCGCCCAUCUCUCAGGAGAGACACAGUUACAGAACACCAGCUCCAGCCUAUCCUCGCCCAGCCGAUCCCUUACCUCCAUCCCCACCACAGGCGUCUGCGCUGCAGGUUCGAGCCAUGUAUGACUUCACUGCGCAGGACGCAGAUGAGCUGAACUUUCACGCUGGAGAUGUUAUCGAGGUUUUAGAUCAGUCUGAUCGUUUCUGGUGGAAAGGUGUUCUGCGCGGGAGAACCGGACUCUUCCCCGUCAACUACACCAAUCCUGUUUGAGGAGCCGUGACACAGACGUUUGCCUCAAAAUCCAUUUCACCUUGUGAUGUUGCAUAAUAAUGAUUUAUGAAUACAUUUAUAUUACAGGGUUUUUUUUCAACUGCUUACUCACGAAAUC